UGGGUGGGAAGAUGGGAGGGGGCGAAACACACAGCGGCGGAGGUAUUAAGACAGAUGGGCUACCGGAACAACAGCAGACUGAGAAAUAACUGAGAGCGGCGCAGCAACGCAGUUUUUGAACCCUCACCUCGCCGGUCAGGAUGAGCAGACGCGGCGGUGCUGUAAACGGCACUGCGAGCUCCGGAGGCGAUCCAAACCAUCCUGUGAGCCUCAGAGCGAAGAGGAGCGACUGUCAGGGCACAAACGCACCGGGGUGCGCUACGACAGGCUGCGCCGCCGGCGCCGAGCCCCGGUCCCACCGGAGGAGGUGGUCGAUCGACCUCUCUAGACAUCGGACGUCUGAAGUCGUUACCGUGAGGAAGAACAAGAGAGAACCGCCGCCUCCUCAGCGGGGCGUUUCCCUCCCGCAACCCCCGGCGGCCACGUCAACCAAACGCUACUCCUGCCCCCCCAUGGGGAUCUUUCCAGGCCACUCCUCCUCCUCCUCUUCCUCCACCUCCUCCUGCUCCUCGCCUCCUCCAGUAAAGACGUCCGUCAUCACCGGUCGCGAUCCUCUCGGUUGGAAGCUGCAGCCCAAGUCCGGCGCCGCCUCCUCCAAGGCUCGCGCCAACAGGCUGUCCCUGCAGAUCCCCCUUCCCACCGUUCCCGUCCCCGAUUCCCCCAAACCCAGGGCCUCUCCGGGAGCCGAACCUGCAUCGGAACCCAAACUGCAUCGCCGGUACCAUUCAGACACCUCGGCCCUGGUCCGGACUCUGGAGGCCCCGGCGUUCGCGGUGACGCUGGAUGAGCUGCACGGCGUGCAGCUCCACCCGAUCGCCCACCCCGAAGAGCCCGACGACGUGUUCCUGGAAACUUCCGGAGACUGCCGGCGAGCAACCGAUCGACCCGGCAAAAUCCCACCGACCGUCCCAGAAAAGACGGCCGUGGCGCGGCAAAUUGCUCAGCUGAUCGCUCGUUCACACCAACGCUGGAGGCCGGUCAGAGACAACCCGAAAGAAGACGAACCUCUGUACAGCAGCGUGAUGAAGGCACAGCCGAAAACACACCGGGCUGGACAAUAACGGCACGCACUGGAAAACCAGCGGGCUGCACUGGGAUAUCGGCUGGGAUGGAGGAAACCUGAACGAAGAGGCCAGCUCUUUCGUUUUAAUCACCAACGGCCACAUUUAACUGGAAGUUCUGAGUGUGUGUGUGUGUGUGUGUGUGUGUGUGUGUGUGUGUUUGGUUUCUGUCUGAUUGAUUUGAAUUCAUCUGUCCAAAUACUCGAGGUUUGAACUCAUUUAACUGUUUUUAUGUUCUCAUGUAAAGCAGAUAAGUGUUGUUAUAUGAUUAUUUAGCUGAUCUCUUUUUGGUUUAGCCUCACUUGUCUUUUUGUGAAUAUAACUUUGCUCCUUAUGUCCACGGAAAGCUUUGAGGCAGCACGGAGGAAAUUGUGUUGAAAGAAUUCUUGCUGGAAAACAGAAAUCAGAAAUAAUCAAAGACGGGUAAAUUUACUUAUAAUGUCAAGUCGGAACGAAAUCCAACCAAACAGGUUCCAGAUGACGAGACACGUGGUGCCAUCUAGUGGCCAUAUUUAUUAUGAAUGAAGCAAUGCAGAAAGAGAAUAUGUAGAAAAUCAUCUCUUAAAUCUUUUUUUUUGUUAGAAAUGGGUUUACUGAUUCUCAUUUACGCGACCUUUCCAGUGAAGAUGUUUCAUUUUUGAAGUUUUGUUUGAGAGUUUCGGAAUCAUUGCGUUUGCCCCCCGUUUUCCUGGAGAUUUCAAAAACUUGUACCUCGAAAUCCAUUUUCAAAAAGUUGUGUUUUUAGUGAUUCCAAGCACCGCAUUGUCGUUUGAACCUACACCCAAAACGCAACGAAAGUUCUCAGUUUUCACUGGAAAAUGUUGUGUAAACAGGGUCUGAACCAUUGACUUGGUGGAAAAAGGUAUUUAAAGGAAUAACUGCUCUGUUGUUAAUGAGUUGCAUGUAUAAUUUAAUUUAAUUUUUUUUCACAUUCAAUGAUUGUUUUUAAAACUGAACCACAAUUACAUGAAUUGAGCUUUUAUGGAUUAUUUGAAUAAAUCUUCCAGGGCUAUUUCAUGGUGGAAAUAUUCUUCCUUCAAGCCAAAAAAAUGAUAUUUACUGAAGCCAUGCAGAGAUGGGAUUUGUUUUUCAGUAAAUUCUGUUGGAAAUCCAUGCUUCUUCUUUUUUUUUUUUUUUUUUUUAUCAGCACUUCACACGGCCUGAUGUCUGUGACACUCUGCCUCCAGAUAAAUUUCUCCCGCUACGCUCCAGUUCAGGCUUGGCAGGCACUUAUUAUGUACAGUAUAAUACAUGGGCCUGCCUGACAGAUGCACAUUUGCAGUCCACAGCAGCGAAAUAAAACUUCCUGGCACCUGCUGUUGGACUGGAGUUUAGUUCAUGAGCGAGAGUCCA